ACCAUCUCGCGCCCAAACCCAUUGCGGGUUUCAAGGGCUUCGUCGCUCCGCAGGGCUCAAACGCUCAACCUCCCUCCGGUCGUGGCCUCUAGGGUUUAGCGAUGUGCGAUUGCUAUUCUCUAGCUCCUUUCCUGUACGAAUUCGGAACCCUAGCUCCAAGAAUCCGUGGAAGCGGGCUGUCGGGACGGAUCAAAGGUCGAAUCCUUGCACACCGGUGGAAUUCACGCGACUCGGAUCGAGAAACCAAUCGAAAAGGUAGAACCUUGUCUCAAGAUAUCUUGAGAAAUGAUUUAAAGCCAAGAAGCAGUAGUAUAGGGCUUUCAAGAAAGGCUUCUGGUGGAUUUCUUGGAACCUCUAAAAACUACGGUGCCGCACGAAUUAGAUCGAAUUCUGAAGGUAUUAGCGGUAAUUCAGGUGAUAACAAGCAAAAGAAGUACGAUUCCUUUGAUGAAUUCGUCGACAGACGUUCGAGCAGCAAAGACGGCUCGAAUCCGACAGCUGGAUCAGGGGAUGAGCAAGAAAGUUCAAAUAUCGGUGAUUCGGUUCCAUCAAGUUUUGAUUUUCUUGAGUUGAAGAGGGAGUUAGAGAAAGAGGAAAAAGAGAGUGGCAUGGAAGAUCCCAAGGAGGAUGAGUUGAUUCGUUCUCAAGGUCCGGGAAGUGACACAUUGAAUCACGAGGAGGUGGAAGGUCUUGUUGGUCAGACGGGAGUGCAAGGUGGAAAGAAGCUGAUGAGAAGAUCGAAUUUAUUAGCGAAGCAGGUGAUUAGCAUUCAAUCUGCUUGUAGUUUGGGAUUCGUCUCGCAGCUUUGGGUGGACACGAGAUCAUGGGCGGUAGUUUUGGUUGAAGUGAGGCCAAAUUUGCUAUCUGGAGAAAUUGAAAAGUUUUUGCUUGAGGAUAUACGGCAGAUAGGGGAUGUUGUGCUUGUAAAGGAUGAGAGCGUGAUGGAAAAUGAACUUAAAAUGAUCGGCCUAGAUACAUUGGUAGGAUAUAAUGUUGUUACAUCAGAUGGGCGCAGUGUGGGCAAGGUCCGUGGUUACACUUUUAAUAUAAAUUCAGGAGCUAUGGAGUCGCUUGAGCUUGACCCAUUUGGCUUUUCUAUCAUCCCAUCUAGUUUGGUGAGUACUUACUGUUUGUUUGUAGAGGACGUGCUUGAAGUAGUAUCAGACACUGUUGUGGUGCAUGAACAUGCUACUUCUCGUGUACAAAGGUUAACAAAGGGCAUUUGGGAUACUCGAAGCAUGGAUAGAUCCAGAGAUCAGAUGGGCGGGUAUUCUGAUUGUGGAAGAAGAAAAGCAUGGUCAUUUGACAGUCAAACCAAUAACAAAAAUUUUACCAGCCAGAAGUUCCCUCGGAAAAUGAGAGAUGUAGAGGAUGAAUGGGACCUUCCUAUGGACUAUUAACAAGGUUUACCAUUUUUGCAUUAUUGGAUUUUUUUUUCUUAUCAUCUUUUAUCUGAUGUACACUCGAGUUAUUCUUUACAUGCUUUGAUAAUAAUUAAUAGAUAUGGUUUUCCAUGUGUCCAUUUCUUAUUGUUACAAGAUUGUUAACUAAUAUUGUCUUGUAUCAUUAGAAAUCUGUACUAAUUAUUCAAAAUGCUCGAUACCAAAGCAAAGGUGCUUGGCUUUGUCUUCUA